GCCCGCUGUGCCCGCUUCCCCAGCCACCCCUGCUGCCGGAGCCUCCGACCUGGGCCCCAAGGGCCAGGAUCGCAAAGAAGUCCCUCCCCUCAGUGCAGCUGCGGGCACACAGCAUCUCCCUCUCGUCAGCACUGUUGAAAGAAGACAGCAUGUCAGUGCCAUCUCCUGAAAUCAAAUGUGAGACUUCUAAAGUCACCAGAAGUUCCUUUGGCAGUUGUUUCAUUUUUGAGAGUAGUUGGAAGAAAGCAGUUUUAGAAACACAAAAGAUUGAGAAAGAAUAUACCACAGCAUUUGGUCUAGGAGAGCUCAAAGAAUAUAUCAAAAUGCCGUAUUUACCAGGACUACAAAGUAACCAAAAAAGUGUAAGUUCAACUCCGCUAGAGGUUCCAAAAAGACUGCCACAUGCUGAUGCCGAGGUGUCUGCAAUCAGGCUAAAGAAGACUAAGGAGACAUGCAGUGUGGCACCACUUCGGGAGAAAUCAAAAGGUUCUGGCUUCAGUGAUCCUCUCACUGGAGCACCAUCUCAAUACUUAGAGAGACUUUCCAAAAUAGCCAUAUUGGAAUAUGAUACCAUUCGUCAGGAAACAACCAAAAAAUCAAAAAAAGGCAAGAAACGAGAGCUCCGAGACUGCUGAGAAAUGUCGUACAGUGUGAUGCUUUCUUCAGUGACUUUUAAGCUUUAUAUUUUCUUUUUUUGUGUGAUAUGAUGCAAAAUGAU